UCACAGGCCUCGUCGGGUGUGGAAUUCAGGAAUGGACAAACAGUCCGUCGCAGCUGGUUUUGUGGUGAUGCUUGUGCUCUUAGGAAGCAGUAUGAGUGCAGAGAUCUGUGAGAAAACAGGCCUUAGAUUGGUCAUAUGCACCAAGUCUAACUGCCAGCGGUUCUGUCAUCUGGAGGCAGAGGCAACUCACAGAAAACUCGAGCAGUAUUGGUGCGGUGGGACGGUCUUCAACGCUUGCUACUGCAAAGUUUGCACCAUCCUAUAGAACUUGAAUAGAUGUUUACCAUGCCAAGUGCACUUGAAGCUUUGAUUUAAUAAUUGGGCACUCUGUAUCCUCGAGUCACAAAGUUGUCUAGUCUCGGCGAAAACUGCUUAAAAGCGAAAUUCAUAGA